UCACGUGGUCACGUGACACGGUUUUAGCGCUCUGUUUCUGGACUGUAAAGGUUAAAAAAAUUAUGCUUGAAAUGCCAACAUUAUUUUCUUUAUCGAUUGGUGAUCGCCAACGGACGCCCCGCGGCCAUUUAGAAAUACUUUUUUAUCGACGGAGCAGAAAGAAUUCUCGACUGAAAAUUCCAGCGCUCGGGUUAAACGUCACGUGACCAAUGCUCGACUGGCUGCUUGUUAAAGAUGGCGGAAGGUGGUUAGAAAACAGAGGAGCGAAGAGGGUAAUAUCCCCCGUUAAGGCAGCGAUUAACGAAACGCCCGUUCACUGAUAAAUGAUGGAUCCUGGACAGGACUUGCUCCUAGCAGCCCUGAGCGAGAGCGGCAUCUGCCCUAACGACCUGUUUGACUUUGACCCUCAGGAUGCUGCAAUGCCCUCUCCCACCCCACAGUCCAUCUCCAUCAGUGCCCUGGGUGUUGACUCGGGGAUGGAGCCAAUGGGAGUCACAGCUCCACCCAAUCCUACAGGCACAAUCAGGCACAAGCCUCAACCCUCAACCACCACAUUUGUCUUAAAUCAACUGAAUCAGUUGCCAUCGCUGGGAACAAUCGUUGUGACCAAGCCCUCAACUGGAGGCACGGCCAGACAUACCAUCACAGUCACCAAGGUAGUCCAUACCACUCCCUCAGCCCUGCGGGGGUCCACUUCCACACUCACCUCCUCCACGGCUCUCCCCUCCACAGUCUCCACAGUGGUUUCUUCCAGCACAGAGCAGAUCCAGCUGAAGGACCUGUUGAGGACAGGCGGUCUGAAGGGCAGCACCAUGAAGGGUAGUAGUCUGGUGGAACUCAUGAGGCUCAAGCCACCGCCAGACAUCGCCCAGCCGGUCGCCACAGCAAUAGCCACAGGCACCAAGAUAAUACUGGUCUCGACAAAGCUGAUGCAUAAACCAGCGGAACUGAACAACGGGAUAAAGGAGGUGUCAGGUAAAGACGCCGCUCGGAUCUGGGUGAACGACGACGUGAAAGUGCGGAGCUUCUCACCUACACUAAAACUCCCAGGAAUGAAAGAGGAGGAGGAGGCUGAGGAAGAGGAGGAUGAAGAGUUGGGUCAUGCUGAGACAUACGCCGAGUACAUGCCCAUGAAAUUGCGGAUUGGGCUGCGUCACCCAGACCCGGUUGUGGAGACAAGCUCCCUGUCCAGUGUGAAUCCUCCCAACGUGUGGUACAGAAUGUCCAUACCGGAGGAGACCAUCGACCGCGGCUGGCUGUCUGCUCUGCAGCUGGAGGCCAUCACAUACGCUGCCCAGCAACAUGAAACAUUCCUCCCUAACGGCGACCGAGCGUCCUAUCUGAUAGGAGACGGGGCUGGAGUGGGGAAGGGCCGGACCAUCGCUGGGAUAAUCUACGAGAACUACCUCCUGGGCAGAAAGAGAUCACUCUGGUUCAGUGUUUCUAAUGACCUGAAGUAUGAUGCAGAGAGGGAUCUGAAAGACAUAGGAGCCAAGAACAUUCCGGUCUAUUCCCUCAACAAGUUUAAGUAUGGUAAGAUCUCGUCCAAACACAACGGCAGUGUGAAGAAGGGGGUGAUCUUCGCUACGUACUCCUCUCUGAUCGGAGAGAGCCAGUCUGGAGGGAAGUACAAGACCCGCUUCAAACAGCUGCUCCACUGGUGUGGACAGGUCUUCGACGGAGUCAUUGUGUAUGACGAGUGUCACAAAGCCAAAAAUGUCUGUCCCAUCGGCUCGUCCAAACCCACCAAGACUGGACUGGCCGUCCUGGAGCUGCAGAACAAACUGCCCAAGGCGCGUGUGGUGUACGCUAGCGCCACUGGUGCGUCUGAGCCCCGUAACAUGGCCUACAUGAGCCGGCUGGGCAUCUGGGGGGAGGGGACCCCCUUCAGAGAGUUUAGCAACUUCAUUCAGGCUGUGGAGCGCCGAGGUGUGGGUGCUAUGGAGAUAGUUGCCAUGGAUAUGAAGCUGAGGGGGAUGUACAUCGCCAGGCAGCUGAGCUUCACGGGUGUCACGUUCAAGAUUGAGGAGGUUCCUCUGACAACCCACUACAUCAAGAUGUACAACAAGUCUGUACUUCUGUGGGUGGCUGCGCGGGAGAAGUUCCAGGCGGCUGCUAACCUGAUGGAUGCAGAGCAGCGGAUGAAGAAGUCCAUGUGGGGUCAGUUCUGGUCGGCCCACCAGAGGUUCUUCAAGUACCUCUGCAUUGCAUCCAAGGUCCGCAGGGUGGUGCAGCUCGCCAGGGAGGAGGUCAAAAACGGAAAGUGUGUUGUGAUUGGUCUCCAGUCGACAGGAGAGGCCAGAACACUGGAGGCCCUGGAGGAAGGAGGAGGAGAGCUCAAUGACUUUGUCUCCACCGCCAAAGGUGUGCUCCAGUCCCUGGUAGAGAAGCACUUCCCAGCUCCAGACAGAGAGAAGCUGUUCAGCCUGCUGGGCAUUGACCUGCCGGCCAUGAAGAUCCCCUUCCCCAGCGAGGCUGCAGCAGAGCAGAAGGGAAAGAAGAGGAAAGGUGCCAACAUAAAGAAGGCAGAGAAGAGGAAGAGAAAGUCAGGUGGUCUGUCGGGGAACAGCUCUGACGACAGCAAAUCAGAAGAGUCUCAUAAGGACGAUGCAGAGAGUGACGACAGCUUCAAGUCGGUCAGCUCGGGAGAAGAUGACGAAGACGACUUCAAUCCCUUCAAGGAUGAUUCCAGCGAGGAUGAGGAGGAUGACCCCUGGCUGUCUGGAAAGAGGAAAGGGGUGAAGAAAUGCAAGGAGAAGAAGAAGAAGAAGAAGAGCAUUGACCCAGACUCUAUCCACAGUGCCUUGUUAGCCUCUGGUCUGGGCUCCAUCAGGCCUGCUUUCACCACCCCCACAGUCAAGACCUCAAGCACACCUGCCAUAGCCAAGGUAGAGGUAGAUGACAGCUGUAUGACCAGUCAGGAUGCUGUGGAAGAUGCUCAGCAGAUGAAGAGAGAUCUGUUGGACCAGCUAGAUAAGCUGGCUCAGGAUCUACCUCCCAAUACUCUGGAUGAACUCAUAGACGAGCUGGGAGGACCCGACAACGUGGCUGAGAUGACUGGGCGUAAAGGCCGGGUGGUCAGUAACGACGAUGGCAGCAUCUCCUACGAGUCUCGGUCUGAGCUGGAUGUUCCUGUGGAGAUCCUCAACCUCACAGAGAAACAGAGGUUCAUGGACGGAGAGAAGAACAUAGCCAUCAUCUCGGAAGCGGCCAGCUCGGGCAUCUCCCUGCAGGCUGACCGGCGAGUGAAGAACCAGAGGAGGAGGGUCCACAUGACCCUGGAGCUACCCUGGAGUGCAGACAGAGCCAUACAGCAGUUUGGGAGGACCCAUAGGUCUAACCAGGUGACUGCUCCUGAGUAUGUGUUCCUCAUCUCUGAGCUAGCUGGGGAACAGAGGUUUGCCUCCAUUGUGGCCAAGAGACUGGAGAGCCUGGGUGCCCUCACCCAUGGAGACAGAAGAGCAACAGAGAUGAGAGAUCUCAGCAGGUUCAACUUCGACAACAAAUAUGGCAGAAAUGCUCUGGAGAUUGUGAUGAAGUCCAUCGUUAAGCUGGACUUUCCGUUAGUGAAUCCUCCAUCGAACUUCGAAGGGGAUUUCUACAAAGAGAUCCUUCAUGGGUUGAUCGGAGUGGGUCUGAUCAAUGUGGAGGACAGAUCAGGGAUCCUGUCUCUGGACAAAGACUACAACAACAUAGGUAAGUUCCUGAACCGUAUCCUGGGGAUGGCGGUGCAGGAGCAGAACGCUCUGUUCCAGUACUUUUCUGACACGCUGGCAGCCGUCAUACAGAACGCUAAGAAGAAUGGACGAUACGACAUGGGCAUUCUGGACCUAGGUUCUGGGGAUGAGAAGGUGAAGAAGAUGGAAGCCAAAAAGUUCUUGACUCCAGGCUACUCCACCUCCGGACAUGUGGAGCUCUACACGGUGAGUGUGGAGAGAGGCAUGUCCUGGGAGGAUGCUACCCAUGCCUGGGCCGAGCAGAGUGGACCUGACGAUGGCUUCUAUGUACAGAUAAGGAACAACAAGAAGACUGCUAUCUUGGUGAAGGAGGUGAACAGUAAGAAGAGGCUGUUCCUGGUCUACAGACCCAACACAGGCAAACAGCUGAAACUGGAGGCCUACGCUGACAUCAAGAAGAAGUGUAAAAAGGUGCUGUCAGACGAUGCCAAGCAGCACUGGAUUGACCAGUACCAGUCUUCAGCUGAGAUCUGCUCUCAUGCUUACUGGCGUGGUAACUGUAAGAAGGUGUCGGUGGGUCUGCAGUGUGAGGUGGGUCUGCGCUGCAGGACGUACUAUGUGCUGUGUGGAUCUGUGCUCAGUGUGUGGACCAAGGUGGAGGGAGUCCUGGCCUCCGUCAGCGGAACCAACAUCAAGAUGCAGAUCGUCCGUCUCAGGACGGAGGACGGGCAGAGGAUUGUGGGCCUGAUCAUUCCAAUUAACUGCGUCUCUCCUCUGACCAACAUCCUGUCGUCGUCUGACCAAUCUCAGCAACUGGCCGUUCAGCAGCAGCAAAAGUGGCAGCAGCUGCACCCUCAGAGCCUCAGCCACAUGCAUAACAUGGGUUCACCACCCAGUCUGACCUGAUGGGCUUCGACACCCAUUUUCUCCUCCACACCCUGGGUUUUCGACCCAACCUGAUGGGAUACGACAACAUUUCCAUCAAUCUCUACCGUGACGCUACCCACCACCUCUUCUCCUCCCUCUCCGUUCCUCCUAAGGUGCUGAGUUGUGGUUUUCCCUGAAGCUAAACCACGGUGGCAGAGUUAAGAUUUCAGGGUUUAUGUCCAAAGAGGGGACAGUCUCCCUGUUGUCAUCCAGAGGAGUUAGCUUGACGAAUAAUAUUCCUCUGAGAUUCAGAGCUGAAGAUUUCGAAGAGGCUGCAGUGAUGAAGGGGGGAGAGUAGAGGACGCAUGGAAAAGUGGCAUUAUUAAAAAUGCCGGAGACUGUUUUUCCUGUUACACCCCCCUCCCUCCCCCCAGCUCUAUGUAAACGAUGGCGUGUGCCUUCUCUACUGAAGGAUGGGGGAUGUCACCCAGGUUUUUGUUUUCUACAGGUAACUGGACAGUGCUCAGGGGUUCGUUAAGCUACACAGUGACUCUUUUUUUCUUUUCUUUUUUUACAGACGUUUUACAAAAUGUCUACCUGAGAUGCAUGACCACACACCAACUGCUUGCUUUCUUCAUUUUAGAUUUUACUCUAUCACGACUCAAGUCUCAGGCAUGAUGACGACAACUAUCACCAUAACUACAUUUAAAAUGGCACCCUAUUCCACAGAUAGUGCACUACUUUUGUUGUUCACCAUCUAGAGAGUAGGGUGUAAUUUCUGAAACAAUCCUUGUUCCUUUCUACCUACAGAAUUGUUUACAGCUCGACUAUCAAGAAUUGUGAUUGUGCAUGGUUUAAAAUAACUUUAUUUUCCUGCAUUUAUUCCUCUGCAUUCAAAAGCUGUUCGGAACAGGUUGUUUGAUAUGUGGCAUCAGAUUCAAUAUCUUGUACUAUCAAACUACAGCAGAUACACUCCUGGAGUGUUGUUAUACAACUGCACGUCAACCGACAGAUCUUGUUUGUUAAUACAAGCUGUCUAAUAACGCUACAUUAAAAGCCAGUAUUCAAGAUA